AUGGCUACUGAUGAGAAAGGGUGGGAGUCAAUUUGGAAGUUGAAUAUACAUGGAGUGGUGAAACAAUUCCUAUGGAAGGUGUGCCAUGAAUUACUACCUACUAGGCUGAAUUUAUUCAAGAAGCACAUCAUUAAUAAUAAUAUGUGUCCGGUGUGCGAAAGGGAGGUGGAAACAACAAUUCAUGCCUUGUGGUGUUGUCCAGUUGCCUCAGAUGUAUGGGAAGAACAUGAUAGUCCUGUCCAGAAGUGGGCUAUUACAGAUAUAGACUUUAUGGAGUUGUGGAAGAAGCUGCACCUGAGUUUGGAAGAAGAAGAGAUAGAACUGGUAGCCUGCACCCUUAGGGGAAUAUGGUUGAGGAGGAAUGCACUGAUUUUUGAGAAGAAAUUCAACAAUCCAAGAAGAGUGUUGAGCAUUGCAAAGCAAGGAAGAGAUGAGUUUACAACAGUUAAAGUGCAGACUCUUAGGAGUAGUUCAGAUAGAAGAGAGGCUAUGUGGCAAAGACCGACUAACAUGGUGAGCAAAGUCAAAUGGGAUAUUGCAGCACUAAAUGAAAAGAAGAAGAAGGUGGGGAUUGGGGUUAUUGCCAGAAAUUCAGAAGGGGAUAUCCUAACCUGCUUAUGUUUGAAUAUCCAAGCUGCUGUGAAGCCUAUCUUGGCUGAGGCGUUGGCUUUAAGAAGAGCUUUAUUUUUUAGUCAUGAGCUGGGGUUAUCUAACGUUUUAUUUGAAGGGGAUUCUCAGACAAUAGUGAAGAAGUCGAAUAGUCGAGAGGAGAUAUUGGCAGAUUAUGGGGUUGUAGUUGACGAUAUCAGGACAAUGUUGAGAGAUAGGCCGCAUUGGUCUGUACAGUUUACAUAUAGGAAGGCAAAUAACACAACACACAUACUUGCAAAGUUAGGACUUACUUGUAAAGAUGAAAAUGUUUGGAUGGAAGAGGGUUCUAUACAGAUUAUGAAUUCUGUGAUGAGGGAGAAAUACUGUAAUUCUUUUGAAUAG